CGGCCCGAGAGGCCCUACUGCGCUCGCGUCGGGGCGGCGGAGCACACGCGGAAUCGGCGGAGCGAGUGCUGAGUCGGUGCCGCCGCCGGCUCCCCCCUCACCCGGGAGACGCUUCGGGGCCGCGGAGCCUUGUGGGGCCGCCACAAAAUGGAGGCGAACGGGAGCGGCAGCGGGAGCAGUAGCGACUCUGCUCCCGACUGCUGGGACCAGGCGGACAUCGAGCCGGGCAGCGGCGCCGGCCCGGGCUGCGCCCCGCCGGCCGCGGAGGCCGAAGCGCAGCAGGAGCUGCUCGGGGCGGCCUUCAGCCGGCAGCUGAACGUCAACGCCAAGCCCUUCGUGCCCAACGUCCACGCCGCCGAGUUCGUGCCGUCCUUCCUGCGGAGCGGCCCGGCGCCCGGCCUGCCGCCGCCCUCGCCCCCGCCUGGCCUCCCGCCGCCGCCGCCGCUCGGUGCACCUGUAGAGCCUUCUCCAGAGGAGCAGACAGCCUCUUGUGAAGGUUCAAAUGCUGCUGUUAACAUGGAAAUUUCAGAAUCUGUUGUGGAAAAUGGAGAGACAGAAAUGUCCCCAGAAGAGUCAUGGGACCACAAAGAAGAACCCAGUGAAGCAGAGCUAGGAGGUGGUCCUGCAGGGGAUGCGGGGCCUUCUGAAGAGAGCGCUCAGGAAAUGAUGGAAGAGGAGGAGGAAAUACCAAAACCCAAAUCUGUUGUAGCACCUCCAGGUGCUCCUAAAAAAGAGCACGUAAAUGUAGUAUUCAUUGGACACGUAGAUGCUGGCAAGUCAACUAUUGGAGGACAAAUAAUGUAUUUGACAGGAAUGGUUGACAAAAGAACACUUGAAAAAUAUGAAAGAGAAGCUAAAGAAAAAAACAGAGAAACAUGGUACCUUUCAUGGGCCUUAGACACAAACCAAGAAGAACGAGACAAAGGUAAAACAGUAGAAGUGGGUCGUGCCUAUUUUGAAACGGAGAAGAAACACUUCACUAUUUUAGAUGCUCCUGGACACAAGAGCUUUGUUCCAAAUAUGAUUGGUGGGGCUUCUCAAGCUGAUCUUGCUGUGCUGGUUAUUUCUGCAAGAAAAGGAGAGUUUGAAACUGGAUUUGAGAAAGGUGGACAAACAAGAGAACAUGCCAUGUUAGCAAAAACAGCCGGUGUAAAGCAUUUAAUAGUUCUUAUUAAUAAAAUGGAUGAUCCAACUGUAAACUGGAGUAAUGAAAGAUAUGAGGAAUGUAAAGAGAAACUGGUGCCAUUUUUGAAGAAAGUUGGCUUCAAUCCAAAAAAGGACAUUCAUUUCAUGCCCUGCUCAGGACUGACUGGAGCAAACCUUAAAGAACAGUCAGAAUUCUGUCCUUGGUAUAUUGGAUUACCAUUUAUUCCAUACCUGGAUAAUUUGCCAAACUUCAACCGUUCAGUUGAUGGACCAAUCAGGCUGCCAAUUGUGGAUAAAUAUAAGGACAUGGGCACUGUGGUCCUUGGGAAGCUGGAGUCGGGCUCUAUUUGCAAAGGACAGCAGCUUGUGAUGAUGCCAAACAAGCACAAUGUGGAAGUUCUUGGAAUUCUUUCUGAUGAUGUAGAAACUGACUCAGUAGCCCCAGGUGAAAAUCUAAAGAUCCGACUGAAGGGAAUUGAAGAGGAAGAGAUCCUUCCAGGAUUUAUUCUCUGUGAUCUCAACAACCUUUGUCAUUCUGGACGCACAUUUGAUGCCCAGAUAGUGAUAAUUGAGCACAAAUCCAUUAUCUGCCCAGGUUAUAAUGCAGUGCUGCACAUCCACACCUGUAUUGAAGAAGUUGAGAUAACAGCCUUAAUCUGCUUGGUAGACAAAAAAACAGGAGAAAAAAGUAAGACACGGCCCCGUUUUGUGAAACAAGAUCAAGUCUGCAUUGCCCGUUUAAGGACAGCAGGAACGAUCUGCCUUGAGACAUUCAAAGAUUUCCCUCAGAUGGGUCGCUUCACCUUAAGGGAUGAGGGUAAGACCAUUGCAAUUGGAAAAGUUCUGAAACUGGUUCCAGAGAAGGACUAAGCAUUUUUCUCAAUGACCCCGCACAAUACUGUGAGGAAAAUCGACUCAGCAAAAGCCUACUUCACACCGCCGUCUUAUUUUCUGCCCAUUGAUAAACUUCUCCCCAUAUUUUGCAAAGACAAAUUUCACAGCAAAGGUCCACAUUAUGUCAGCUUUCUCAUAUUGAGAGCUCUGCUAUGCCACUGUUGAAUUUUCCCAAAAACAAUUUUUUUUUUCUCCCAAAUUCUGCUUCCUUGGAAAGAUUCGGCAAUAGCUUUGUAAGUGAUGUGGACAUAAUUGCCUAUAAUUAUGAAAAUCUAAAGGAUUUUUAAUGUUUAAUUUCCCCCAGCAUCUCUAUUAAGACCUCUUUUUUCCAGGCAGAUCAUUCAGAGUGUGCGAGUGUGUGUGCACAUGUUACAAAGAUGACUACCAUGUUAAUAAACUAUUCAAUUUGAAAUCUU